AUGAUCCAUUGGCGUACUCUCUUAUGGACGCAGUUAGUGCUUCUCCUAUGCAUCAAGAAACACCAGCAGCUUUCUGUGAUUGACGGUGAUGAGCAUACUUGCCCGCAUUGCAAUGAAUUCAGAAACAAGAAUCAGAAUAAUCCGGCACCUGCAAUAACCACCAUCAUCAUGUCCGUCGGUUAUAUGCUUGCACAAACGCUUGCAGAAACAAAAAACGAGGGAUCUUAUGCAGUCUAGAGUGGACUGGGAAACAAGUCAAGUUGAAAUUCGUGAUUUUUUCGACGGUCAAUAUUACAAGGAAUUUGUCAAUUCAAAUGAGUUCUCCAAUCCAGAUGAUGUUCCUAUC